AUGCGACCAAACAAGACUGUGUCUGUUGCUUCAGGAGAACACACUCAACGUAUACUUGAUGUUUCACCCUUCAAAACAGUGCGAAUAGGUGUGAGGCAUCAGUUUGUAAAUUCCUCCCUGGCCAAUGGAACUGCUGUUCCACUCAGGGGACAAGAAACGGGCCAUUUUUGUGCCACUUCAAAACUGCCUACAGAAACGAUGCACAGCCCGAAUGACUCCAGCCAAUCCCCCGCAUUCCACUGGUGUGCAACUGCAUUGAUGGUGCUGGAACAAAACGAAUCGCCAAGUGAACGGGGUGUGUUCAUGGCGAAUUCUGACGGGAUCAAAAUGAGCAAUGAUACACACAGUCAGCAGCUUGCAACUGCACUUAUCCCAUCUUUGAGAGACCUUUGCGCAGUUUGA